AUGACUAGACACGAGGUAGGAAAGGACUUGACACCGAGUGAAUCCAAGCGAAGAAGACGAGCUUCGAAGAUGAAGAGCAGAAAGUUGGAACGUGAUAAAGGUAAAGAAGUCGAGUUUCACUUUAAAGCAGGUUCGAGUGCUCCCCACACGACAGGGCAUCACAAGCUUGAAAACCCCAGGGAAAAGGCCAAAAGGACUAGGGUCUCUUCCGAGGCGCCUACCGAUAAAGAUGAGCAUCUCGUGGAGCCAAGCUCGAAAAAGGCCAAAACAUCAGACGUAGAGGAUUUAACUCCGCGUAUGCGGACAGCAUCACUAAAGGGUUCAGAAGCAACAUCAUUGACACGAAUCAAAGAGGAACUUGACGUCUACCGCGAUACCUGUUUCGUGGCUUCCAUGCGUAUUCCGGGAGUGUUUAUGAUCGAGAUCCUCGACUUAACAACACGAAAGGGAUAA